AUGAAUGUGCCACAAAGCACGGACAAGGCAGCAGAGAAAAGAGGAAUUGUGAUUAAAGACGACUGGCCCGGCUAUAGCCUGGAUCUGUUCACCUACCCUGAACACUACCACAGUGACAUUGAGAAUGUUUAUAUUCCACACGGGGUCAUCAUGAACAGGGUAGAGCGUAUCGCCCGCUACAUUAUGGAUGACUUUGAGGAUCCCAAGGUGAUGGUGUUGUGCGUGCUGAAGGGAGGGUACAAGUUCUGCUCAGACCUGGUGGAGUUCAUCAAGACGCUCGGCCGCAGCUCCAACCGGUACCUGGAGACGAGGGUGGAGUUUAUCCGUUUGAAAAGCUACCUGAAUGACCAAUCAACAGAGGACCUGCAUAUUGUUGGAAGCAGUGAUCUGUCUUUUCUACAUGGAAAGAGUGUGCUCAUUGUUGAGGCCAUAGUUGACACGGGAAAGACCAUGAAGGCCCUCCUGAAACAUGUGGAGACCUUUGAGCCCAAAAUGGUCAAGGUUGCAGGUUUGCUGGUGAAGAGGAUCUCUAACAUGACUGAAAAUUUAACAGACUACGUUGGAUUUGAAAUUCCCAACCUCUUUGUUGUUGGCUACGCCUUGGACUACAAUGAAUACUUCCGUGACCUGAAUCACAUCUGCGUCAUCAGCAAAACUGGAAUGGCGAAAUACAAGAUUUAA